AUGGCAUCAAGUUGUAGUUAUCACUUCCCUCAAGAACUUAUCUUCGAAAUACUUUCAUAUUUACCCGUGAAAUCACUGCUCCGGUUCCGUUCAGUUUGCAAGUCAUGGCUAUCCAUAAUAUCGGACCAACAAUUUAUCAAUACUCACCUCACCAAUUCUCAGAAAAAACCAGCCCCCUUAAUCCUUGAUAAAGAUUUUAACCGUGUCUAUCAGCUUGAUACUCUCGAAGAAUCUGUCAGGCUCAAUCUUCCAAGCAAGGGUAGGUUUGAUUGCAUAUCUUCUUGUAGUGGUCUUGUUUGUCUUGCGGACAGUGAGUUUGAUAUUGAUAUUCAUGUUAUGUACUUAUGGAAUCCGGCGACCAAGCAGUGGAAAGAACUUUCAGCUGCCCCGAGAGUACGAGAAGAAGAUUGGGAAAUAAGUGACUUCGUGUUUGGUUAUGAUUCUACUUGUAAUGACUACAAGCUUCUUAGGCUUACAUUUGUGUUAUAUGAAUAUGCUCAUGAGCUAAUAGCAGAAUUGUAUUCUUCGAAAACUGGAAAUUUUAAGGAGAUCAAUGUCCCUGAAAGUCUAAAGAAUAUAGUGCUUUGCACAAAUUCAAAAUGUGUUCAUGAUCUCAAAACCGGGAUGGUGAAACUGAACAUCAAUGUUAAGAGAAGAACAAACUAUGACUCUUGUAUAUUGAUAUGGAGUGUUCAGCUUGGUUAUUACAAAGGAAAUGAACUACUUAAAUAG